AAUUUCUCGCCUGCAAGCGUUUGAUGCUCCUCGGCACAUGAUCCAUAUGGCCUUAUUAAGCCUUUGUCAGUCUUCAUAGGCGAAUUACUACAAAAACAUUGUUAUAUCGCCGCUCAAUCCCACACACGUAACCAGCGUGGGUUCAGUGGUCGCCAGUCCAUAACACCCGCUAGCAGCAGCAGUAGCCAUGCCCGUCUUCGAAGAGACAUCCCGCGCAUCACGGGAGCUCAGAAACCUCCCCACGAUAGCCCAGCCACUCCCUCGCCUCACGCCGCGACCGCAACCUCGGGGCCGCCACGCCCAGACGGCAUCGUCAGCCCCAAGCAGCAGCAGCAAUGGCACCUCCGACGACCUGGAACGCUACGAGGUGGUCGUCAUCGGUGCCGGUCCGGCAGGUCUCUUCCUCACCCUCAACCUCGCCCGGCUCGGCCUGACCGACGACUCGCUGGCGUGCUUCGACGCCAAGCCCGCGGCCCUCAAGGCGGGCCAGGCAGACGGCCUGCAGCCGCGCACGCUCGAGGUCCUCCGCUCGCUCGGCCUGCACUCGGAGAUCCUCGACGAAGGAUGCCACAUGUCUGAGGUGGCGUUCUGGAACCCCUCGCAGGCGACAGGCAAGUCGGGCAUCGAGCGGACGACGUUUGUGCCCGACGUCGCCGUCCGCGCGCGGUUCCAGCACGAGGUCACGAUCCACCAGGGCCGUAUCGAGCGCAUCCUGGAGGAGAACCUGGGGCUGUACAGCCAGCGCGGGAUCGUGCGGAAUACUCGCUUCGUGGGGUAUACUCUGGACGAUUCUGAAGGUGGUGGUGUGGACGCGGAGUUCCCAAUCACCGUCACGCUCGAGCAGCGGCCCGAGGGCAGCAGCAGCAGUGACUGGGACAGCGCGGAGGUGACUACGAAGAAGGUGCGGACAAAGUAUCUCGUCGGCGCGGACGGGGCACACUCCCGCGUGCGCAAGGCGAUGGGCCUGCGCCUCGAGGGCGAGAGCCAGGACCAUGUCUGGGGCGUGUGCGACUUCGUGGCCGACACGGACUUCCCGGACAUCAGGAAACGGUCGGCGGUGCACUCGGAGGCCGGGUCGCUCAUGGUCAUCCCGCGCGAGCAGACGGUCACUGGGGAUUACUUGACCCGGCUCUAUGUCCAGAUCAAGGAUGAGGUCUCGCCCGAGGACAAGAGUGUCAUGGCGGAGGACGAGGAGAAGGAGGCGGAUGAGCUGCGGAAGAAGCGCAAGUACCAGGAGAAGCGCCAGAAGGUCACGCUGAAUUAUAUCUUCGAGCAGGCGAACCGCGUCUUCGCGCCGUACAGCAUCAAGGUUCGCGAGGAUACCGAGGUCGACUGGUAUGCUGCAUAUCAGAUCGGCCAGCGCAUGACAGAGGCUUUCACGAAGCAGGACAAGCAGGGUGCAGAGAGGAUAUUUAUCGUUGGGGACGCUUGUCACACUCACAGUCCAAAGGCCGGUCAGGGCAUGAACGUCUCCAUGAUGGACUCGUACAAUCUCGCCUGGAAGCUCGUCCACACAAUCCACGGGCUUGCGCCCGAGGGUGCCAGCGAUGGCCCAGGCUCAGCUGCUGCAUCUCCACACCCGGUUCUUGCGACUUUCUCGCUCGAGCGCCUGGCCGUCGCGAAGCAGCUGAUUGAGUUCGACACCAAAUUCUCGUCAAUGUUCAGCGGCGCGAUCGGCGCCUCGGACGACGACGAGGCCGUCAGCUCUCUCACGCACGACCAGUUCCUGCAGGUCUUCCGGGAUGGCAACGGCUUCACUAGUGGCUGCGGCAUCGAGUACCUGGAGAGCACAGUCGUCCAGCCUGUGGUCGCGAGCCAGGAGGCACCACAGGGAUGCGCCCGGUCUCCGAUCAAUCCUGACGGCGACGUCUUGAAUGGCUGUCUUCGUCCUGGAAGGCGGCUUGCUGACGCAGUCGUAAGGCGCUUUGCAGAUGCAAACCCGCGACAUCUGCAGGAUGACUUCCUGUCGACUGGGCGAUACCGCAUCCUCUUCUUCUCCUCAACCGACAUUCACGACCUACAAGGGAGGACCGCGAAAGCGCUCGCGCACAUAGGCGACACCAUCAUCCCCGCGUUCCCAAAGUCGAUGAUCCAGCUUACAGUCCUCCAUCCGUCCAGGACGCAGCGCUUCGAGUGGACCGAUGUGCCCAAGCAGAUCAAGCAGCACGCAGAGAUGCGGUUCCACGGUGUCGGGGUGGGCGAGGAGGAUGUGUAUGGCGUGUACGGUGUCGAUGAGAAGCUUGGUGCGGCGGUGGUGGUCCGGCCUGAUGGAUAUGUUGGUGCCGUGGCUGGGCUGGACGAUACGCAGGCUCUGGAAGCUUAUUUGAGGCGGUGCCUGCGGACGUUGUAAACGACCAGCGUCAAGUAUUACGUACUACAUCGGGAAAAGAUUAAUGAGUAUCGAAAUAUCUGCCAGUGGCGGGGCAUGUGAGGCGGCGUGUCUGAAGAUCCACUAACACUGAAGGCAUUGUCACUCGUGAGACAUCC